CAUGGCAGAGAAAAUGUUUAAUAGCGAUCCGAUAAAUAUGACGCUAAAGCAUCCUAUAAUUGCGAUUGAGGGUUUAGAUGGAACUGGUAAAUCCACACUGGCUUAUAAUUUAUCAAAAACUUUGAAUGGGGUAUAUUUCCAUGCGCCACCAUCCAAUGUUGUUGGUAUUAAAAACAGCUUAAAACCUGUCUUUCAACAUAAUAGCGAACUGAGAAAAGCGUUCUACUUGAUGAGUAAUUACAUCGCUGCUCACCGUAUGCAAGACAUUUGUAAAGAAAACGUCGUUUUUUUAGAUAGGUAUUGGCAUAGUAGCCUGGCAUUUGGAAUAUCAGAAAAAUGCCUCGAUGAAGAUAAGAGUCUUCCACCACCAGAACACGAGAUAUACACGUGGCCAGAGGAUCUACAAAAGCCUACUGUUGUAAUUUUAUUAGAACUAUCUGAGGAGGAACGUUUAAGGCGUUUAAAAAAUCGACAUGAAAAACCAGUCACACCUUCAGAGAAAAGGCUAGAGAAAUAUUCUCUACUGAGAGAUAUGAUUAUAAACAGCUACAAACGAGUAAAAUUCUCACCACUUGUAGUCAUUGAUGCUGGUGAAUCACCAGAAGCUGUUUCUCGGAAAGCUAUGGAAAUUAUUGAAAAUUAUCUAUGA